UAGUAGGACGUACCGGAAAUGGAAAAAGCGCAACAGGGAACACCAUCCUAGGUCAGAUAAUGUUCGCUUCGGAACUACAAGCAGGAGGUGUUACCAUGGAAUGUAAGAUGUAUAGAACUGCAAUACAAGAUGGUCCAAUAAUCAAUGUGAUUGACACUCCUGGUCUCUUUGAUUCAUCAGUGUCUGCUAACUAUAUUAGUAGGGAGAUCGUCAAUUGCUUAACUAUGGCAGAAGGAGGAAUUCAUGCCUUCCUGUUCGUUUUAUCUGCCGGGAAUCGGAUUACACAAGAAGAAGAGUCCACACUUGAUACCUUGCAGUUGAUUUUCGACAGUAAAAUUCUUGACUAUAUUAUUGUUGUGUUCACUGGGGGUGACAAACUAGAAGCAAACGAGCAGACAUUGGACGAUUAUUUUCGUGAAGGUUGUCCAGGGUUUUUAACAAGAGUUCUUCGACUGUGUGGUGGUCGAAAAGUCUUGUUUAAUAACAUGACUAAGGACAUAGUCAAGAACGCUAAGCAAGUCAAGCAACUUCUGGCCCAUGUCGAAGCUAUAGGAAAGAAUAAUGGUGGGAAACCGUAUACUAACCAGAUGCAUCGCAUGAUAAAGGAAAAGGGUGAUAAGUUUAGGGAACAACAAAGGAAAGUUAAGUCUAAAAACUUUGCAGCAGAAAUAGAAGUGAUGAAGCGUGAUUUAGAAUUGGAGCAUGACGAAAAAAUGAGACGGAUGACACAACUUUUGGAGAGGAGGCUUAAACAGAAUUCUGAAGCACAUGAAAGAGCGAUGCGUAAGAUGAGAGAAGCUAUGAGAGAAUUCACAAAUAAAGAUUGACCGAAGAAGUUAGGUGUGAUCGUUGCACAUCUUCCAAACUGACAUCAAGUUUUAUUUU